CGCACACUCGAGCAGCCAUGAACGACGCAGCAUCCCUCUCGCGCGCGACCUCCAUCUCAAAGGCGAGCAGACAAGGCUCGACUGCAUCCAGGAGCCAGUCUCUCAUCAAGAAGAACAUCGCCCCCCACGAUCUCAGACCCUCCGAUGUCCUCAUCGAGCGCUUCGUCGCGUGGAAGGCAAUCGUGAAGCAGCUCAUUGCCUACUUUGAGGGCAUCGCCGACAUCGAGAACAACACCGCAAAAGAAUUGACCAAGCUGGGAGCCGUUAUACAGGUUCCCUUUCGAUCCGGGAACCAAUUUCUCGGUGAGGGCGGCCUCCAGGACGUCUACUACGGCAUACGUGACAAGACUCGCGUGAUUGCAGAUCAACAUGCCAACCUCGGGCGCACCAUCGACAGCUCCAUUGUGCAGCACUUACAGAAGCUGCGCGUUGAGAUCAAGGCUCACAUAAAGAACGUUCAGAACGACACGGGAAAACUUGCAACCGGCGUCGCCAAGGAACGCGAGCUUUCCUCUAAACUCGUCAGCGAACUCGCCACCAACAUCUCAAUCUUCAAGAAUACCCCGCUCAGCGUAACCUCCAAAUCCGAUCCAUACGUAGCCAAUGUGGCCGUCUUCCGUCAACUGCAGAAACAGGUGCACGAAGAAAACGCGCUGCAAAAGUCCAUUAUCAUCAUGCAGCAGAACUCUGCGCAUUUCGAGGAGGGCAUCGUGCGCGCCAUCCAGUCCGCUUGGCAGACCUUCGACGAGUGGCAGUCACGCAUGUCAUCCUCGGUUCAAGACACAUGGCGCACACUCGGCCAGCACAUGGCAUCCCUCGCACCUGACCACGAGUGGAUAUCAUUCUCCGCCCGCUCCGAUCACCUCCUCGACCCCGAAACGCCGCUGCGCAACCCCGAAGCUGUCAAUUAUCCCUCCAAAGAAGACCCUUCGGUCAUCGCCGUGCACACGGGCUACCUCGAGCGCAAGAAGCGCUUCACGCGCACAUACCGCGAGUCUUACUACAUCCUCACCCCCGCUGGGUUCCUGCACGAGUACUCGUCCUCUGACCCGACACAGUCCACUUCUCCGCUCUUCAGCCUCUUUCUUCCUAUGUGCACGCUCGGCCCCGCCUCUGCGCCCACCGCCAAGUCGCACAAGUUCCACAUCGAGGGCAGGCGUGACGGCUCUGGUACAACAAAAACAGGCUCGCUGCGGAUAGGCAGCGGCCAGCACGCAUGGAGCUUCCGCGCGCGUAGCCACGAGGACAUGAUGGAGUGGUGGAACGAUGUGCGCAUGCUCUGCGCGCGUUAUCUCGUUGCCAGCGAGCACAUGGAGCGCAGCGGGCCAGUCGCCGCCGCCGUGCGCGCCGCCGGGUACCUCAGUGAAGAGGAGGGUGACGACGACGAAGGAAGCAGUGUCGAGGAGGAGCAGGACGAGGGCGAGGGCGAGGGCGAAGAAGAAAUGUAUCUCGAAGCGAGGGAGGUAGGUGCGGGCGAGGACGCUGAGACGGAGCCGCCCUCGUAUUCGCAUCCGCACCGCGAUUCAGGCAUCGAGGUUGGUCACAAUGGAUACGCGAUCGAUAAAAAAUCAGGACCCGAGCGAUAUACCGCCGGCUCACCCGAGCCCCGCGCGCAUGACGGCAGCGGGCUUGGGCGCAGGCCAAGCCAACGGCAACAGGAGAAGGCGCCAGAGGGGCGCGCACCGCACGCGGGGACGCUGGACGAUGGUGCGGGCCCGGCAGCGACAGAGGAGGGCGAGGCGGAGCCAAGUCAAAGCCAUGGCGGUGCGGCGUCGUCGCCUGGGCAGGCGCCGAUCGAGAGUCGGUUCACGGAGGGGCUAUGAGUGCCAGUGCGAGCUGUGGAUGCAGGGUUAUGUACUUUUGGACGUUCGACACCACACCGUGGUUUCAUUUACCUGGUCCUUGGGCUAUGAUCUUUGUAUGUAUCAAGUAGCUGGAUACGGACACUCCAUUUCGAUUUCUGUAGUGUGGUAACAUUGGACCAAGGGCACGUUUCUCCGUGCUUUUUGCAGAUGCAGUCUUUUUUCUCAAUCCAGCUAGCAUGGAUAGCAUAUACGGUUGUUA